UUGCGUCUUUUAGCUUCUUCUUCAACCAUACGGCUGAGCAUCCACCUUCGCCCUUUUCCCUUUUCUUCCGUGGUGGCCGGCGACAAAACGUGAAACGGCGCAGAGCAACGGUGGUUGUCGUCGGCAGGUUGAGCAGCCCAGUGAAAGUCUCUCUCUCUCGUCGAUGGCGAAACAGCAAUAGGGCAGUGGUUAGGCAGACUUCAACGGCGCAGCAGUCCUCACCAUGAACUUCUCACCUCUGUCUCCGGCGAGCUUUAGCGGCGGCAUCAAAUGGAGCAUAUCCGGCGAGUGGUGUCUCUUCUGGCGAACAGUGGAUCGGUUUUCCCUCCUCCGUUGAAGACGAGCGUUAGUAGCGAAGUUCCGGCGAAGCAACCCUCCGGCGGCGGAGCUUCGGACUGGUCCGGCGUAGCGUUUCCGAUGGCGGUGGCUUGUCCUCCGGCGAAGCAGAGCAAGCAACGGGCAGUGGCGUGGGCGGAGGUGCUCACCAUGUUCCACCCGCGGGUUUGGCUGCAUGAAGAAGAAGAAAGAGUGGUUCCCGAUAGAUUGGCUUGCGAGUUGAGCCUAAGUUUGGCGUUGUUUUGGUUUGAUAAGCGAAUGAGGUGGGCCCAGUGGUUGAGCACGCACAAGUUAGAUUAG